AGGAGAGUCAGUGGCUGGCGACUCCUCGGGGCGUCAGGUUUGUGUUGUGUGGGGUUUGUUGUUCUUUCGCGCUCCUUGCAAACCACGUGCGCAGCUCCGUGACAGCUCCGUUCUAACGGACGUUCAGAAUAUACGGAGCUACAGUACGACAUGGCGUUUCGUUUAUUGUGAUCGGACUGCUUGACAUUUCCGAAGGAACUGAAGAUACUUUUAGUCGAAAAUUAAGUUUUUAAAGGAACGUUGCUCGAAGAGUACUGAAACUCGAAAGUGUAAAUCGUUUAUAGUUAUAAUACACACUUUUUGUAUAAUAUCGUGAAGCUAAAGUUGAAAUUUUAAAAGUGGUAUCGCGCGAGCCACGAGCGAUAAUGCAUGUUACAGAUAGGCGAUGUUUAAACUAUCCGAUUCAAUGUGGAAUUUCUUUUCGGUAUUAAUACGAAUAAAGUGUUGCUCCGACGAUUACGAGUAGCACCAAUAAAUCGCAACAACACGUUUUAAACAAUCUCUCGAGAUUCGUCGAUAUUAUAAAUUAAAAUUUGUCACGAAGACUUGGCUACGUGCCCUCGACGGUUAUCGCAGCUGAGACUUUCGUUAGCAACUCUUAUCGUGCUUACGAGAAUAACCUGACCGCACAGCGCAAAUAUUAUGAAUGCAGGAAUCCUCAAAUCGUGUUACGAGCUAAAAUUGCGAUGCCUGCUAAUCGGGACCCAAACGUUUCGAAUCUCGAAGUACAUUCGGGUAGAAGUGUCGCCAAGGACGAGUGAAAUUCUUCGAAUUUCUUGAAACUCAAACUUCCACGAAUUUCCGCCUAUACUUCCUUCUAAUCUAAGAACUAAGUAAAACUAAAAUUAACAAGAAAUUAAACGAGCGAAAGUAACUCUAUCGGUGCGUGAUUGAGUCGGCAACGUACAAAGUGAGUGGACCGUGGUAAGGUAAGAAUGCAAGGCGGGUAAAUUAGUUGCGGAACAGGUACGUUUGCGACAAGAAACGGAAUAAUAACGACUGUGGCCGGAAGAACGAGGAAACGAGAGAAGAAGAAGAAGAAGAAACAGACGGAAGGAGGUGGAGGAAGGUGUUCUCUUAUUUGCAAAGCGACUGAACGUAGACGUAGAUAACCACUGCGGUGAGAUAGAAGAGGAACGGAGAGAGGAAGUGACACGAUCGUGACACGACAUAGAAUAGAACGAAGAGGAGUCAGGAAUAAAGAUAGAGGGGACGCAAGAAAGAAAGAGGAAGAAAGAACAAGAGAAGAAACGAGUUUGGCAGAACGAGAACGAAGGAAGGAAAGAACGAUCUGUUAGAGCAAGGGAAGGGAGCGAAGAGAGAGAAGAUUUCUGGGCACGCGCACUCCACCUGCUAGCGUGUAGUGGCACGCGCCAUAUCCACCCCCUCCGCUGCCGUGGACGUUCCGUUCCCCUCGCCGCGCGGCAGCGUCGCACUCCGCCGGCCCCUCUCUCGCCGCAGUCCCUCUUUGGCGUUACCUCCUGGUUCUACCGCAGCCGUCGCCGCCACCGCCACCGCCACCGAUUCUUCCCUCCCCUUUCCCUCCCGCAAUCCCCCUCCCCUCGUCCGACUACCCGACAUACCCGCUCGAUCUCCCCUCGUUCCUUGGUGCCUCUUCUCCUCCCGCAGGAAUCCCCUCCCGUGCGCCCCUCACGCGUGCCACGGUUUCGAGACCGGGACGCGCGGGAGUCAAUCGCUCGCGGACUUCGAUAGGACGAGCACCAUAGAGGUCCUUGCUCUUCCUCUCUUAGAACGCCUCUCUGUCCGAGCGCGUUCUUCGCGCCUCGUGUCACUGCGAUCUCGUGUGCUUUCCGCGUUCUCGAUCUUCUCCUGGCUCUGUUUUCUUUCUAUCGUUCCGCUUCUUCCUUUCGUCUCGUGAUUCCUUUCGUUUCUUCUAUAUCUUAGAAACGAAAGUUUGGUCGGAUUUCGAGGUCGAGAAAUUUCGGAAUAUAUCGCGACGCAGUUUCACAACUGUUGCGUAGCACCGAGUGUGGCUGAUUCGAGUAAAAAGGGGCAUAGACGCAUAGAGAAGACAGCAGAGCGAACAACACGUUGCGUGGUGCGCCUCGGGACACCGCGUGGUCGUCGAACGAGAAACGCGAGUACCUUUCAGUAGUCGGAAGCCUGGCAUUCAAAGUUCACAGUGAAUUUUCACGAUCAGUUCGGUAGACGUGAUCGUAACACACGGGGGCAAAAAAAAGGGUUAGCCGUACGCGAAGAGCUGCCGGCCGAUGUUUGCGUAUGAAAAAAUCCAGUCGUCCUCUUCCACCUCUUCCUCUUCUUCUUUCCGGCGUUCGCCUGCUGGCAGGGGGGCAACGUGCCGGUCGAUCGCUGUAUAAAGAACAAAGGGCCAACGGCGAUACUAACGACGACGAAGACGACGACGAGGAAGACGAGGAACGAGGACGGCGACAACGACGAGGAGAAGAACGUGGGAAGGGAAAAACGUAAGAAGGAGGAAGGAAAGCGGACGAGAAAAAUAAAGAGUGGGGGGCUGACGCGUGCUACUACCGCUGUUACUUCCAACGCAACAAAAAUAGUUCAGUCUCCGCGGUGGAGGAGAGAUAGCCAGCGAACCGAAAGAGAAGGGAGAUAGUAAUGCCGGAGGAAAGAAUAGGAAUAUCGGAGUUAUCGUAAUAUACACACGCACACGUGUAACUUGCGCGUUAUCAACGUAAGGAGACCACGUAUAAUAUGAGCGGCUGUAGUGAGUGCAACUUUCGGUGUGCUGAUGACGCAUUCGACAGUGAGUAAGAGCGAGAGCAGACCACUUUCGAGAUAAACACGAGACGAGAUUCGUCACGAGCGAAAAUAAAACGGAGAUAAAUUAGGGCCCGAAUCGUGCGUGGAGCGAACAAGACGGAAGAAAAAAAAAAGGAAAAGAAGAAUUUUAUUCCUGACGAGAGUAAGAUUUGGCAUUCCUCCCGUUCCCUGUAGUGCCAGCAGUGACAGAGAGUGAUGCGCGCGCGAUCAGCUGUUCGAAGCCGCGAAGUGCACUGUGCUUCUCUCCUGUUUGAUCGAUUGUCGUCCGUUGUAAAUUUUUGAUACGAUAUUCGUCGAAAUUCGAUCGAUCGAACUUCGAUAGCGACGACCAUCACGCUUCUCGUCUUCAUAUGCGUGUUUCGAGUCAAUGUUCCCGAACUACCUGUUGACGAUUUACGAGGGAAAAUCGACACGGUCUGUUUCGACUUAAUUUAACAGUCGUGCUGUUGUUGGAAAUAACGCGGACAGCUUGGUUCUCAUUAUUCAUUCAAGAGUUUAUUCGUAACAGUUGAUUCAGUGGUAUCAUCGUGACAUGGCACAAAAACCGUCUAAGUAACUUCCCUUCUUGUCGGUCAUUGUGUUAGUAAAUACAAGAACCACUGAAGAUCGGUAUAUUACAGAAAUCGUUGUUAUCAUGUGUUCGAUAACAUUUCGCGGGAACAGCGUGAAAUCUUUCGCACGGACGUGUGUAUUACCGGUUGAAGGACAUUAACGUGCAAAAAAUUGGUGGCGUGCUUUACAAGUAUUUAGUCAUUGAAAGGAAAUCGAAUAUGCGACUGGUGAAACUUUUGGUGGCGGUGUGGCGCGCCGAGUGUUUUUCGGAGUGAAUGUUAUCGAGACGUUGUUAGUAUACGUCUUAUCUGUCGCUCGCAUCAGUGGAGUGACAGAGAAAAAGAGGAAGAGGAAGAGGGGGAAGGAAAGAAAGAGACUCGACGGAGUUCGGAGGUCACGGAACCGUUGGACGAUAUGCGGCACGCAAACUCGUUUCGACGAGCUGAGAAUUUCGGCCCGCGGAUCCAAGCGGCGCGCUCGCGUCGUCCGGACGCCAAUAGCGACGUGAAACAGUGGUGAUAUGCUGGUCGAGGGACACGGGAACGUCGAUUCUAUUCCCGGCGUCUUUUUCUCGCCGGUUGCGUGACGUUCGACUGGCGGCGAGGAACAGAGUAUUAUAAACCGUACGCGGUGACGUUCUCGAGCGCGCGCGCGCGCUAACCUCUACUUCGCUGCUGGUGUGAUAGCUAGUCAAAGUGAUCGGAAGGGCAUUACGUUUAUUAUACGGGCAUCGGAGCAGUUACAUCGUGUACAAUAGAAAUAACGCAGUAAGAGUCAGAGGCUUCAAUGUAAAGUGUUAAGCUGUAAAGUAAGAAAAAGAAACUAGAGAUAUAUCGUACAUGUAUAUCUUUUCUAGAACAACGUACGAUUAAUAACGCAAUAAAGGUGAAAGAAUUGUUCUCAUUCAACAAGAAAUGCUUGUGUCGCGCUGAUCGAAUUAUAUCGUUGUGAAAGAAAUAUCUGAGCAUACUAGUAACUUUUUCGCCACCUAUUUGUUGUGUAUGCGCCGUUACGGGACUUGCAAGUUCGGUUUGGUUACGCGCGAAAGAAAGUUGUUGCCGGUGGUGGCGCGCUGGUGGUGGUUCAAGCGUCUCCGGAAAAGCGCGGAAGACACGACGAAAGCGAAAGUACAGCGUUUGCGUUGGCGCGUUCCAGAAAAUGACCUUCAAGUUCCGCUGAGAAUCUUCCAUAAUUCGAACAGAGAGAAGAAAGAUGUAUUUGUAACGACGACAACUGUUAACGCGUAUCAUCAUCCUGUGAAAAAAAGGACAUAUUCGUCGAUUAACGAUAGUGUAUCAGUGCAGAUAUUCUAGCGACAAGAAGAAGCCAUCGGAGGAGGGGCAUGGUGGGCACCCACCAACCAGGGCCACAGGCCCGGGUGGCCCCCCUGUAACAAGGAAAUCUCUCGCUAUCGAGGCGUUCGUGCUUCAUUACAUUGCCUGGAAUGAUGCAGCAAAAAUUCGUGAAGAGGACGGCCGAGGAGUUGGAGCCAGCCGGUGGUGGUAGCGGAGACGGUGGCUUCGGCGAGCCCCCUGUGAAGCUGCAAUGCACGCAGGCACAGCAUCAACAUCAACAGGGUCCCGGUGGCGGUGGUGGUGGCGGUCCCCAUCAUGGCCACGGCCAGCAUCCGGCUGGGAACGGCGCGAACUCCACGGGUCCGACGCAUGGCGGCGGUGGAGGUGGCGGCGGCGGUGGUGGAAAUGAGGGGCUGACCAAAUUUUCCGUGGAAAUUGUGCAACAACUGGAAUUCACUACGUCUGCGGCUAACUCUCAGGCUCAACAGAUCUCCACGAACGUGACUGUGAAGGCGUUGACGAACGCGUCGGUGAAGAGUGAUCUUCUGAACGCGUCGUCAUCGCCGAAAUCAGGUCCGGAUACGCCAGCAUCCGCGACGUCUAGGCCUCAGACUGGAAACGGGGCUGGGGGCGGGCCAGGCACUGGAAACGCUGGUACCGGAGCACCAGCUCCCGGUGGAAUCGGCUGCGUGGAUAUUGGUAACCUGGUCGAAUGCAAACAGGAACCGGACAACGAGUUCGUCGAUUUAGAGCAGUGCGCAGCUGCACUGGAGAAAGACGCGGCAGCGAACGGCGCCGCGUUCCCUGGCUUUUCCGACUUCAUGGGCGAUGACACGGGCGACGAAAUCAUCACCUCGGACGCGUUCAAGGAUCUCAUCUCGGAGAUUUCCGACUUACAUCCCGAGUUCAUGAAAGACUUUGAUUUCGAGGAGAAGAUCCCUGUGGAGGCGUUGGCGAACAACGCGGUGGUAGCUGCGGCUGCUGCCGCGGCAGCAAAUAAUAACAAUAAUAAUAACAGUAUCGGAACGAACAACGGACAGAUCAAGAUCGAGGAUGACAAGGACUCGAUACACCAGCAACACGGGAACGUGAACAGCAAUAGCGUAAACAACGGUACAAGUACGAAUAAUGGAAAUGCCAACGUUCCAGCUAAUUCGAGUCCUGGUGGCCUUGGCUCUGCCCAGUAUUCUCCAGCCAGGCUACCUUAUUCCGGUCUGGACUUCAAAUCCGAGAUGAGUCCCGCCGCUCAGACGUUGAAGCAAAUGGCUGAGCAGCAUCAACACAAAAGUCAACAGUUAGGUCUUGGUGGAUUUAAUCCCGGAGCCGCAGCCGCAGCCGCUGCCAGAGGACCAACCGCUCGUUCACCCUACGCGGAAUUUCCUCAAUUUGGUGGCACGUCCGACUAUCUGGGUAGCCCUGGUAGCGCUGGUCCACCCGGUGGACAAUCUCAAGCGACCUCGGGCACUGGAUCGUAUCACAAGAACAACGGUACGUCCGGAUUCCAGAGUCAACAGACGAAUGACAUGUUUGUCAGCUCGCAAACUCAAUUCGCCACGGGCCUCGCUGACAUGAAGAGACCGCAGCCUGCCACCGGUGGUAAACCGACCAUGCUUGGACCAAGCGGAGGAUAUAAGCAGCAGUAUUCGCCAUACGGUAGCCCAGGAUCAAUGCCGAAUCACGGCAGCCCUGGGUAUCCGCUUCCACCAAGAGGCUCCCAAGGCGGUGGACCCAAUCAAACCGGAUCCCAAGGACCCUUCAGUAGCUCCACACCGCCUAGACCUCCCUCAGGACCUGGUACAUCCACUCUACAAAUUAACCAGGCACAGCAGCUACACAUUAACAACCCCGGACAUCAGAUUCAGGUGUCCGCGGGUCAGCAUAUGCAGCUAACAGGCGACCUGAAGCCAGGCGUAUCAGUGGCGGCGCAACAGGGCAUGUAUUUCAACCAGCAACAGAACCAAAGUCAGUCAGGACCGGCCGGGCAAACGGACACGUAUUGUUCGGUUUCUCAGUCUCAAACGAUCAACUUCACGCAGCAAAGUCUGAGACAGAGAGCUGCGGCUGCAGCCGCGGGUGGCGUUUCCCAACCCGCUGGGGCUGCAGCUGCACGCAAUCAUCCCCAGCAAGUGACCCCGAAUCAAGUGGAUCAACAUCAACACGCGAAGAUUCUUCAGCAGCAGCAGCUGAUGCGCGCUCAGCAGGUGAUGCAACAACAGCACAUGGCCGGAGGAAUGGGUGGCGUGAGACCACCGCCUCCCGAAUACAAAGCGGCGGCACAGGCCCAAAUGAUGCACGCCAGUAUCGGCAUGGGUCAGCAGCCUAGGUUUCCCAAUACCGGGCCUAUGCGUAGGGUUACACAACAACCUAUGCCACCUUCAGGUCCGAUGAUGAGGCCGCAAAUUGCGCAGCAGCAACAGCAGGCGUUGCACGCUGCUGGUGGCAACAUGUACAUGGGCGGUGGCGGUAUGGCCGCCAUCGGCGGAAUGCAUCAGAUGCAUCAGCGUCUUGGAUAUCCUAGGACUAACAAUCAACGGCCGCCUAACGUUAGCGUGGGUCCGCCUGAUGGCCUUGGAAAUAGUAUCGCGGGCCGUGGCGCCCAGCAGGAGUGGCGACACGUUCUCAUGCAGCAGCAAGGCUUUCAGGCACAGGCUUUGCGAUCGCAAUUUAACCAACAAGGUCACCAAGGUGGAUUCGGUAUGGGUGGCACAGGUGGAAUGCAGAUGAACGCCGCACAGAUGCAACAGCAUCAACAGUUGAUCCGCUCACAAAGUGGAGGUAUCGCUGGCUCCGGUAUGGCCAACAGCACUCAGAUGCAGCAGUUACUGUCGCAGCAACACCAGCAGCAAACAUUAGCCAUGCAGCAGAGUAAUAAUCAAAUGUCACUGCAGAUGCAAAUGUCGCAGUCCUCAUCAGUCAACUCUGUCAGCACUACCGGAACCGGUUCUCCCCUGCACCCGCAUCAACAGUACGGUGCUGGUAGUCCAGGAGUGCGCAGCCUGUCUCAACAGCAACAGCAACAUGCGCAACCGCCGGCCACCACUACGGACCCUUCCGUAGCCGCAGCGGACUUUAGCCUCGAAUUUCUGGAGAACCUUCCGACUGGAGACACGUCGAACUUCAGCGCUCAGGAACUGCUGAAUUCCCUCGACUCUACGGCGGGCUUCAACCUCGAUAUUCUGUAAGACCACGCCUAUCGCGGUCUAUUCGGAAAAUCGGAUUUUAAUUCACUGAAAGACCGGUUUAAAACGCAAAGAAAAGUGAAAAUGUGAAUAAGUACGAUGAUACGUACACGCGCUAGGAUCGAUCACCCCCUGAAAAAACGCUUACGUCCAUAAGUAGAUUCGCUUUGACUGCACACGCAGCAUUCUUCGUCGCGUGCUGCGCUGAUAAUUCGUUUAACAGUUCCUUCGAGAUCGAUGAAUAACGGCGAGACGUAAUCGUCGCGUCAAGAGAAAAUUAGUUGGUAAAAGUUAACAGGUUUACUGGGUUCGUGGAACGUGAUCGUAUUAUUUGUUAGUCUUGAUGGUAAUAUGGCAAAUAUGUAGCGGUGAAUGGACUGUGAACGGAGUCGAAAGUAAACGAAACGAGUGAAAGGGGACGAGGAGACAUAAGAUUAUUGAUUUCCGUGUUGUGACGACCACUCGUCGAACCGCGACGAUCACGGUUAUCUGUAACGCUCGUCCUUCAAUGAUCAGAUAUGUUCAUCGAUUAAUCUAAUUUGAAAACGCGCGGUCGGGGUGUUUGAUCCGGUCGAACCAGAAGUAAAUGACGGUCGGUAUCGCGACACGUGUAUAUGAUAGAUCUAUACGUAUAGUAAGUUUCCUCAGGUCGUUCGAUGUUCGGCUUGCGGACGAUAGAGGGUGCGCGAGUUGAAAAAUUCGUUCGUCAGAGGGCAUCCGGUUCGACGUCUCGCGUGCAUGGAAACCGGUCUUAGUGCAUUUUCGGCAGCUAUCCUUCGGCUGGCGACUAUUCUUCUAGGCAAUCACCUUUUAGUAAAAUUUAAUUUCUUAAACGAUAAACGAUCAAAGAAGCAGCAGAAACAAGAGAGUAAGAAAAAGAGAGGUAAAUAGAUCGAAAUAGAACCAGCGGACGGUCGACAGCGUGGGAAAUCAAGAGGCACGCGUAAAAAUUCGUCCCGUCGUUCAUUGCUCCGCAAACAUUUUAUAUUACAUAUACACAUAUAAUAAUAUAUAUAUAUAUAUAUAUAUAUAUAUAUAUAUAUAUAUAGUGACGUUUAAUCGCCAUGUAAGUGGCAUGUUCGAAUCCUUUUUCUUUCGCUGCUCCCCAUGUUCUCAAGUUUUCACAGUGACGGUCGCACCGGAGUGAGGAUCGAUCGAUCUUUCUCUCUCGAGUGCACGCGUCGACGACACUGCGCGGUGACUUCGACGCGCACUCCACAAAACGACCAACGGUAGAAUUCUCUCUCUUGAUUUUUCACGCGAUGAUCCACGAUCGAGAAUCGUCAGCAGACAGGCGAAUAAAAGAAAAUAUCGUCCUAAUAAUAGUCGGUUCACGAUCGAUCGUGUCGUCGUUUUUGUUACAAUGACGUUCCAUUUAUCCUUUCGGUCGACGAUCGUGCUAAAGAACAUUGAAUCGUCGAUUUUCUUGAACGAGUCGACAUUCGACCGUCGCUGAACUUCGAUUUACAGCUAAUUGCGUUAUUACGAUAAUGACAAUUGCUAGAGUUAAUAGCGUAUUUAAACGAUGCCGCGAACGAUCGCGUAUUCUACAAUUAACAGAAAGUCAAUUAUGAGAUAUAUUAUUCGAUUCCCGAUGAGUUACAUCGUGGCCUGCGACGACGGGCCAGUGUUUCGGCCCGAUCGAUCGGUCCACGUCUCGCAGGGUUCGCGUCGCGUUUGAUGAUGAGGAGAGAAAGAGACGGAGCGAGUAAGAGUGGGAGAGAAUGAAGAAACCCUUCCUAAGAACGCAGUGUUAGUGUUGCUACGGGAUAAAAUACAAUCUUGACUGUACAUAAAAAUACACGAUUACAUAAACACACACACGUACACAUACACGUACACAUACGAGUUAGAAGAAAAUUCAGGACGACAAGUUCGCAAACUUUAGCCGAUUAAAAUUUAAGAGCCCUACGAUAUAGGUGAAUAUUAUACAUAUAUAUAUAUAAAUAAAUAAAUAUAUAUAUAUAAUGAUAAUAGUAAUCGAUGAUAACGCACGAUUCAAGAGCGAAUGGCGAGAAAUAGUGAUACGGAUGAAAAUAGAAAGAGAUAGAAUAUUUGAGAAUAUGGGAAAAAAGAAUAUAAUUGGCGCGAAAAAGUGAAACGAAUGAAUCGGUGAGAGAGAAUGAGACAACGCGUGAUUGUGUAUGUGUGUUUCGCGCGGCGAUAAAGCACAUUUCCUCGAUCCGAGCGUAUUUAUUGAGUUUUAGUUCCAUAGAAUGUGCUCUGUCGCCGAAUUCGACAGGUUGCACAUGAAAUAAUUACGGUCAGCUGCGAACAUCGUUCUUGGUACGAUGAACCGAAUGCUCUUCUCGCGGAUAUUUCGGUUCUUUUCAGCUCUUUCCAAAUACCAAGAAUCGUUGUAACAGGAUAGCAUUAGUACUUAUCGUUUGAUCCAUUUUCAGUCAGAAUUCAUGCGAAACGUUCGAUUGAUACGGUGAUUUAUGAAAUGUAUCGAGCUACAGUUCAUCGUCACCAGAUGGCGGGUUCGCGACUAAUCUUCCAAAUAGUAAAUACAUUCCAUAGAUAAUGAAAAUGGAGUUAGAGAUUCACGGUUCGUCUAAUCAAAACUAUCGUUUCUAAAAAAAAGAGAGAGAGAGAGAAAGAGAGGUCGAAAUAGAUGAAAAAACGAAGUUUACGAGGAAACCAUCGAGAUAAGAUAGACGCACUAGAAUUCAAGAACACCGAGUGAAUAUACGGGACACCCGGUAGAAAGUAAAAAAGAAAGACAGCAGAGAAACGAGAGUGCAGGAAAGUAACGAAAAGUAAAAUAAUCCUCUACCGUUCGCCGAAAAGCGUGCACGAAUACUUUCCGAUUGGAGUUUCGCUCGUCACUCGCAGUUAUAUUCAGCGCUCGGAUGGAGAUCGCGUCUCCGAUUUCGAGUAUGUUCGUGUCAUGCGAAAAUUAGCAAAAGGAAGACAGUACGCGCGCAACGCGGUUCUUUUUUUUUUUUAACGUAAAAUAAAUAAAUAAA